CUCACAUAGUUUUUAAUUGUUUUUUGUGUCUGCAAAUUCUCCAACAUUUAAUCAUUUUGCAUGCUUAUGAAGCUCCAGGCUAGGUAGGAAUAGCUUAAUCUGCUGCUAAAAUGGCUUCAAAAGGUGAAAGUAAACAGAAAGAGCAAGAGAAAGACACGGCGAAAGAAGGAGGCAAAGAGAAAGAAGAAGGGAAAGACACAGCAAAAGAAGGAAUCAAAGAGAAAGAGAAAGAGAAAGAGAAAGAGAAGAAGGAUGGGAUAAUCAAUGCUGUUUACAAAGUAAACAUGCAUUGCCAGAAAUGUGCACGCGAUAUCAAGAAGCCUCUUAUGAGAACCCAAGGGGUUCAGAAUGUGGAGGUUGAUAUGGAGAAAGGUGAAAUUAGGGCAAAAGGAAUUUUCGACCCCAUUAAAAUUCAUAAACAAAUAGAGAGAUUGAGUAAGAAGAAGACUGAGUUGAUAUCACCCAAAAUCCAGAUAAAGGAAAAAGAUACUUCCAAAGUAGACCAAAAACCUAAGGAAACCAAACAAGAAAUUUCUCGGACAACAUCGGUGAAGGUUCAUAUGCACUGCGAACAAUGUGAGAAAGACCUAAAAAAGAAGUUGCUAAAGCGAAAAGAUAUUUACAGUGUUAAAACUGACAUGAAAGCCCAAACUCUAACGGUGGAUGGAACAAUUGAGCCUGAAAAACUCAUAAACUUGCUUCGGAAAAAAGUGCACAAACACGCAGAGAUUAUAGCCUCAAAACCAGACAAAAAGGAUGAAAAGAAAGACAUGGAUAAAGGGGAAAAGGAUGAAAAGAAAGACAAGGAUAAAGGGGAAAAGGAUGAAAAGAAAGACAAAGAAAAAGAAGGAAAAUCUAGUACUAGUACGAGUGAAUCAGCCAAGAUUGUUGAAAUAAAUAAGGAGGAGACAAAGGUAGUGGAAGUCAAGGCCAAAGACAGCAAUGCCCCAUAUUUUGUUCACUAUGUCUAUGCUCCCCAAUUAUUUAGUGAUGAAAAUCCAAAUGCUUGUUGUGUAGUAUAGACUAAUAAGUACUGCUUGUUUUGAGUAUUUCAUAUGCCCAAAAUCAUGCAUAUACAAAUUAAGUUUGACAUGGAAUUAUUCAAAUAAUUUAAUAUAUAUAUAUAUAUAUAUAUGUAUUAUGUGGAUAUGAGGAUUUGAAUUUGAAAUUAUUAUAAAAGAAAAUAUUUGAAAUAAUAACUUUACUAUUA